UGCCCGGCAGCGCCAUGCGGGGCAGCGGGGCGGCGGGGCCCGGCCGCGGGCUGUGAGGGGACCCCGCUCUGCCCCCGGGGGGAGCCGGGCAGCGCCGCCACCUCCCGCCUCCCUCAUCCCGCCUCCCUCAUCCCGCCCGCCAUGGCCGCCCGCGGAGCCGGGCGGCGCGGAGCCGAGAGGAGCGGCAGUGCCGGGGUCUGGCCGCUGCCUGGCAGCGCCCCGUGAGCGGGGACAGCGCCCCGUGAGCGGGGACAGCGCCCCAGGAGCGGGGACAGCGCCCCGUGAGCGGGGACAGCGGGCGGCGUGUCCCUGCGCCCGGUCCUGCCCCCCCGUCCUCCUCCCGGAGCGGGGAUGAGCGAGACCCGCGCCAGGGGAGUCGCCGCCUAGACCGGCAGCCAGGAUGGUGCCCCUGCAGCCCCUGCCCCUCGUCGUGGUCCAGGGCGUCCUCCAGCUCGUAUUCUGUGAUGCCAAUCAGGUCGUACAAGCUGCGGACGUGCUGGACUGGGAAGACAAGGAUGCUGCAGAGACACUGGUUGACAACGUGGUCCACUCCAGGAUGAUCAACCCCUUACGCCUGUUUGUUAAGCCAUCUCCAGUACUGAAACACGGCCAGGUGUCCUACUCGGACAGCAUAGAAAACUUUUGGGAUUGGUUGUCCAACAUCACGGAGGUUCAGGAAUCUCUGGCACGAACUAAACGCAGACCUAUAGUAAAAACUGGGAAAUUCAAGAAAAUGUUUGGAUGGGGCGAUUUCCACUCUAACAUCAAAACUGUUAAGCUGAACCUCCUGAUCACGGGGAAAAUCGUCGAUCACGGCAAUGGGACCUUCAGUGUUUAUUUCCGACAUAACUCCACGGGUCUGGGGAAUGUUUCUGUCAGCCUGGUGCCACCUUCCAAGGUGGUUGAGUUUGAACCAUCUCCACAGUCAACGCUGGAGACCAAGGAAUCCAAGUCCUUCAACUGCCGAAUCGAGUACGAAAAAACAGACCGCGCUAAAAAAACUGCCUUGUGCAAUUUCGACCCUUCAAAGAUCUGCUACCAAGAGCAGACCCAAAGCCAUGUCUCCUGGUUGUGUUCCAAACCCUUUAAGGUCAUCUGCAUUUACAUCGCUUUCUACAGCGUCGAUUACAAACUGGUGCAGAAGGUCUGUCCUGACUACAACUACCACAGCGAGACGCCGUACCUGUCCUCCGGCUGACACGGUGCAGUCAGCAUCAGUCACAAAAAUAAGCAUUUCCACUAACCUUUUGGAGAAGAAUAUGUUUUUCCUAUCAGGUUAAAAAAAAAAGUCUUUAAAAAACUGUAGCUGUGUUUGUGCCGUAUAGUAACUAAUCAAACUGUUUAUGUAUCAGUCAUUUUCAUUUGGGACCGUUGCAUUUUAGCUCUUGUCGUCAUCCAUAAGGGAACUGCCAGGCAGGCACGUGACAAAAAUCAAACAAAAUUAUGUCUGUAAUGAACGUUGAUCUUGAAAGUCACUGUUUUAAACUACUUCAUGGCAGAGAGGUUGUCUUUUACUUAAACUGGACAGCACUUAGCGGGAUCCUAUUUCUCAUUGGGAACUUUAGGUGACAAUAUAAAGAACAAAUGAUGAAGCAGCCUCACAGCUACUCAUAUAGAAACUCUAAAUAAAGAGUUUUACCACUGAUUUCAUAAAGAGUGUUACAGAGAGGGCUCAAGUAGUCAAGUCCAAAUACUAAGAGGAAGUGCUAAAUCUAGGACAAAAAAAAAAAAGGAAAGGAAUCUGCAUUUUUAUGAGUUGUAGUAGCUGUAGGUACUCAUUGAAGUGAAGAGUGAGUAGCUCUUCCUUCAGCCUUCUUACCCAUGGAUAUGCAGUGAUGUAAUUAGACAUUGAUGAGCUUUAGUUUUUUAGACCCCUCAGGUGUGCACUUGUGGUGUACAUUCCUUCCUUCUGUGCUCACCACUGGUUUUGAUUCUUCUCAAACAUUCGCAUACACACCAGUGCUAGUUUUACAGCAAUAGAGAAUAUAUAAAAAGCUUGGAAAAGGGUGAUCUCUGUUUAAGUCAAC